UAGGCUUCAUCGUCCUGCUUAGCCCUAACUGCCCUGCCGGGAAGCCUCGGAGGCAAUCCUGGAGAGCCGCCCGUCACAAGUCACUGAGAUAAUAUACACCCAUUGUUUUAGUUAAUGCAAACAGGUACCAACCGCGGCGGCAACAGGAAAGUGGCCCCGCUGAGCUGGGAAGCCCCCUCCCCCCCGUUGGACCUCCCAGGCUCUAGAGCCCUGCCUGAAGCUUGACAGAAUAAAAGCGGAGCCACAACUGAUACCUGACUGGAAGGAAGCAGGGCGUUCUCAGAGGGAAAAGAAAAGUGAACUUUGGGGGUUAGUAGACGAUCAAGAAGUGUAGUCAGGCCGCUAUGAACUUCUCCUCUGGACCCAGAAACAGCCCCAGGAAGAGGUGAAGACAAGAGAGAAGACUUCUUUAGCUUACAAGAGGAAGUGGACCCGAGAGACGCACACUCGAGACCUCGUUGGAAGUCGGAGGAAGAUGGACAUUCAGAGGAGCUGCCCUGGCCAAGGGGGUGGAAUCCCUUGAGCUCACAGGACAAGAGGGGACCUUUUCCCCAACAGCAACUUCUGGACUGUGGCUGGGACCUCAUCAAAGAGCGCCCUAACUGCUAAGCACCCCUCCCUCUGGGGUGUGCCCUGCCCCUCCCUGACUCACCCCAAGGAGAGAGGGGAAAAGGGAAGAAAGGAGAGGCACUCACUGACUACGGAAGGAAAAGGAGGAGGAGGAGGAGGAGGAGGAGGAGAGAAGCCACGUAGGAGUGGGUGACAGAAAAGACCAGAGAGGUCAGACCUAGGGCAACUCUAGGGCCGGGGGGAGAUCGAGAGAGGGCAGGCUGAGCAUCCCAAGAAGUGCCCCAGCACAGGACCCAGGGGCGGGGAGCCAAGGGGGCGGGCCGGCGGCUAUGUCCCACGGGACCUACUACGAGUGUGAGCCUCGGGGUGGCCAGCAGCCGCUCGAGUUCUCGGGGGGCCGAGCCGGGCCCGGGGAGCUGGGGGACAUGUGUGAGCAUGAGGCCUCCAUCGACCUCUCUGCCUACAUCGAGUCCGGGGAAGAGCAACUACUUUCUGACCUCUUCGCCAUGAAGCCAGCGCCUGAAACCCGAAGCCUUAAGGGCCCGGGAACCCCUUCGUUCCCCCACUACCUGCCGGCUGACCCUCGGCCGUUUGCUUAUCCCUCACAUACAUUUGGCCCAGAUAGGAAGGCUCUGGGGCCUGGCAUUUACGGUAACCCGGGGAGCUACGAUCCCAGGGCUGUGGCCGUGAAGGAGGAGCCUCGUGGGCCGGAGGGCAGCCGGGGCACCAGCCGAGGCGGCUACAACCCGCUGCAGUACCAAGUGGCACACUGUGGGCAGACAGCGGUGCACCUUCCCCCGGCGCUGGCAGCACCUGGCCAGCCCCUCCGCGUCCUCAAGGCCCCUGUGGCUGCUGCCGCCCCUCCGUGUAGCCCCCUCCUCAAGGCCCCCUCCCCAGCUGGGCCCUCCCACAAGGGCAAGAAGGCCGUGAACAAAGACAGCCUCGAGUACCGGCUGCGACGGGAACGCAACAACAUCGCAGUGCGCAAGAGCCGGGACAAGGCCAAGCGGCGCAUUAUGGAGACGCAGCAGAAGGUGCUGGAGUACAUGGCCGAAAACGAGCGUCUGCGCAGCCGCGUGGAGCAGCUCACCCAGGAGCUGGACACCCUUCGUAACCUCUUCCGCCAGAUCCCCGAGGCCGCCAGCCUUAUCAAGGGUGUGGGGGGCUGCAGCUGAGCCUGCCUGGCAGACUGUGGACACCAGACCCUGAGGACCCCCACCCUCCUAGGUCCCCAGAGUCCUGAACAGGCCAAGCCUGAAACAGCGAUCAUGGACGAUGGCAGCCCAGUAGCUGGGAAGGUCGGGACCAUAAUGAUUCUGUGGCUGAAUAAACGGCACUGUGACGUGA